UUCUUCUUCUUCACAAACUUUCUUUCUCCAACAAAUAUUAUUCAGUGCCGAGUCAAAAUUAGUGUUGAGAAUUUGCUGCUUCUGAUCAGUGAGUGAAGAAAGUUUGAAGCUUUGAGUAACUUUGAAACAAUGGAGGUAUUUGGAAAAUCUCAUGUGGUUGUUGGCUCUGCUAAUGUUAUUUACUUAUCUGCUAUAUUGGGUCACGAAGGACCCAAUCACAAAUGUGAUUGGAAAUGCGAGAAUGAGAAUGUGUGUGGGAAUAUGUACCGUUGCAAACUAACUGGGUUGACUCAUGUUUGUGACAAGAACUGCAACCAAAGGAUUUUGUAUGAUAAUCAUAACUCUUUGUGUCGAGCUAGUGGUCGGAUUUUCCCGCUUUCUUUGGUUGAGGAACAGGCGGUUAAAGGAGUGAGGAGGAAGCUUGAUGAUGAGAGUCAACAACAACCUUCUGAAAGUUGUGUUAAGCGUCGUCGACGUGAUGCUCAGUUUCAUUCUUCUCCUUUUGAGAGGUCUUUUGCUGCUGUGAGUCCUUUUUGCAGCCAAGCUGGUGGAGAUGGAAUGGAGAUUAACUAGUUCUUUUCUAUCUCACCUAGAAUAACUUGCUUUUCUUUUUCGUUUUGGACAAGUAUGCAAUAAGAGAUAUUUACUCAUGUGCUCUUACAGAGAGUCUAGGCUUAGCUCUCUGUCUGAAGAAGCACUUUUAUCUUAGUAUUGUUGAACUCUAUGUAGUAUUUAACGUAGGAGAGACUUUAUGAUUCUGCUACUUUGUUCUGGACGUUCUUGUUUUCGCUAUUAUUAGGUGAAGUAGAAUAACACCCUUGUUUCAGCU